GUAUCACAAAUGAUAGGUCUAACAUUUAACGUGAACGCAAAGAAGGAGAAACGUGAAAACGCCAUGAUUACUUUGCUUAAGCUUACACGUUGGAGAAAUGAUGCCUACGAGAUCUUCAUAAAGGAAGUAAGAGAAGAUGAUGAAGUGAUCUGUAGCUCGAUUCGUAUUGUAGCCGGGUUAUGCAAAAACAAUGUUAAUCGAAUUAAGUCCACUAUGAUAAAAGUUGUUUUACCUUGGUGUCUGGAAAUGAUGAACAGCACAUCUACGGAGAGAGUCAACGCAUCACAAUAUUGUUUACAGAAUGUAUUGAACACUUACAGCGGCAUGAACGAUGAACCCGAUUCAAAACCCAACGAGGCAUUGUGCAUGCUGCAUAAAAAAGAAAUUGACACAAUUCUGUCGUGCUUGUUGGAUAAAAUAAAGAAUGAAACAACAACAGGCAUUGCUAGAGACGCAUUAAUAGAAUUUAUUACGCGUAACAUUCAUUAUACUGCGUUAGAUUGGGCCAAACAAUUGAUCAAGUUUGGCGGUUUGCAAACAUUAAUGAAAGUAGCCAGUCAAUUGAAGGAAUACCAACACGAAUCUUUGUUGGAUAUCACGUCUUCCACGCAAACUAUAACCAGUGUGUGUUUAGCAAAAAUAUAUGAAAACUUGUACAAUGAUUAUGCUAAGAAAUUCUUCGACAUCAUUACUGACUUUUUUGGAGAUGAAUUGGAUUUGACGACUGUAACAUCUAAUGUGCGUGCAAUAGUUGCAAUGACAACAUUAACAUUCGGCCCGUUUAAUGUUGCAAACACAUUUAUUACUGAAGACGGACUGGCUGAUAUGAUUGUUGAUUUCUUGAUAGGGACAGGAAAUGACUUAUUGAUAAGAAAAGUGAUUUGCGAAUUUAUCUAUGCCGUUGUAACCAAAUAUGACACAUUCAACACGUUCAUACGUCGAGGUUUCACUAUAUUGCAAGAUCUGUGUCAUCUUGCCCCGAAUGAUUCUAAGGACCCGGAUAAUUCUACGGAUCUGGACAAUUCUGAUAACUUGGAUAAUUCUAAGGACUCGCAUGAUUCUGAGAACCUGAAAGAUUCAAUUCGGAUUCGAGCGUUUGUGGGUAUUUGUAAGAUGACCAAAUUCACAGUGUUGAAAGACAAAUUGCAGGCUGUUCUUACGUUCGAUAAGGAACAGAUAGGUACAUGGCUGAAGGUUUGCAUACGAUUCUUGACCAAUUCUCAGAGAGAUAUGAGAAAAUGGGCCGUUGAAGGUCUGUCAUAUCUCACUCUCGACCUCGGGGUCAAAGACGAUUUGAUCCAAGACCAACAAGCCGUUCAAGCGAUAAUCGAGUUUGCCAAAACUAAAAGUCAAUCGAUUCUCUAUCAAGUGGACAUAUUGCUGGUGAACUUGUGCAGCGCUUAUGACAAGGAUGAUUUCAUAAUCGAGAGGGAAAGGUUUGUCAAUUAUUUUAAUUUUGAUAAGGAUCACAUACGGGCCAAGGACGACUACGUGGAAGAAAGACGGCGCGUGUUAGCGGAGGCCGGUGUGACCAGCGCUUUGGUGAGCCUCGCUAAAACAGGCAGCAAGAAUAGCAAGAAAUUAAUAGCCCGCGUUUUCAACGCAAUAUGCAGUCAACAAGAUUUGAGAAAAAUGGUUGUUCAAGAAGGCGGCACGGAGACAUUAUUGUCGUUAGCGCUGAAUGGCACAGACAUAGGAAAGAUAGAUGCUACGCGAGCCCUGGUCUAUCUAGCACUCACGACGUCUCCUGAAGUUGCAUUUCCCGGUCAGAUAAUCAUGGAGGUUGUACAGCCGAUCUCAAAUCUCUUGAACCCGGAGCGUUCCAUUAAUGAGAGAUGCGAUGCUCUAACAGCUUUGUGCAAUCUAGCUAGUGUUAACAACAUGCGAGAACAUAUUUUCAAGACAGAAUAUGAGAAAAUUGAGCUCUGUAUGCGUGACAAUAACAACUUGUUGAAACGAACGUCCAUACAACUCAUAAACAAUUUGGUAUUAUGCCGUGAUGUUGCUAUUCAACUUGUUAAGCAGAGAUCUGAUCAACUUUUUGAUCUUAUGAAUAGGUCCGUGAAGGACGACACAGAUGACCAUACAAAGAAG